AUGGCGACACCAGCGCGCACCCAGCCGCCAUGGAAGGAGCCCCAGUCAAAAGAGCCAGCAAAGUUGAAAGUCUGGAAUUCCUUGACGAGAUCGAAGAACGACUUUGUGCCCAUCGAUCCUGAGGGCAAGGUCGUGAAAUGGUACAGCUGCGGUCCCACCGUGUACGACGAUGCCCAUCUUGGACAUGCACGAAACUACGUUACUAUUGAUGUUUUGCGGAGAAUCCUGGCUGGCUACUUCGGCUACAACCUGCAGUUCGUCCAGAACAUCACCGAUGUCGACGACAAGAUUAUCCUGCGAGGACGCCAGCAGCAUCUUCUAGCACAGUACAAGGCCGAGAACCCAACAAUAUCGGACCAAGUGUCAAGCACGACGGUGGCAGCUUUUGAAGCGUACGUGAAGAAGAAUCUACCGCUCUUGAGCUCAGAUCUUUCGCCAGAGGACUUCAACAAGGAGUCAGCUGAGAAGUACGCCAACGUCAUUGCUGGAAAGUCUGAAGAUGGCAUGGCCCCUCCAGGCGACAAGGAGGCUAAAAUCAAGAUGCAUCUCAAGACCGUUGGCACUGCAGCAACAGCGCUGCUUGCACCGUCAAAGACUACUCCCGAGGACGUGGAGCUGUUCUAUGCUGGCGCCGAAGAAGUUCUCUUGCCAUAUCUGGACUCAGUACACGGCUCGAAAAUCGAUGCCAGCGAUCACACUGUCUUCACAAAACUCACUCAGAAGUACGAAGCCCGUUUCAUGGAGGACAUGAGGAACCUGAACGUACUGGAUCCUGACGUCGUGACCCGUGUCACCGAAUACGGCGAUCAGAUUGUCACGUUCGUUGACAAGAUUGUGGACAACGGUUUUGCCUACAAGACGUCUGACGGCUCGGUGUACUUUGACAUCGAUGGUUUUGAAAAGGUCCCCGGCAACCACUACGCCCGUCUGGAGCCCUGGAAUCGUGGAGACAAGGGGCUGCAGGCAGACGGUGAGGGUGCCCUGUCUCAGCAGAAGACGUCUGAGAAGCGCAGUGAGGCUGAUUUCGCACUCUGGAAGUCCAGUAAGCCCGGAGAGCCUGCGUGGAAGUCUCCCUGGGGCCCUGGGCGGCCGGGCUGGCACAUUGAGUGCUCUGUUAUGGCGAGCGAUGUGCUUGGUGAACAGAUGGACAUCCACUCUGGUGGUAUUGAUUUGUGCUUCCCUCAUCACGACAACGAACUUGCACAGUCCGAGGCACAUUGGUCUGGCGACAAGGGUGGUCACCAGUGGGUGAAUUACUUCCUGCACAUGGGUCACUUGUCGAUUUCUGGUAGCAAGAUGUCGAAGAGUCUCAAGAACUUUACGACCAUCAGAGAAGCAUUGGCGCGCGGUGACUGGACCGCUCGGAGCCUGCGCAUCAUCUUCCUCAUGGGUGGGUGGCACGACGGCAUCGAGAUCACAGACGCUAUGCGCAAGGCUGGCUCAGGGUGGGAGAGCAGCGUCAGCAACUUCUUCUACAAGGUUCGGGACCGCGAGGUUAACCCCAUGAUCGACUCGACGGGUGCAGCAGACGAAGAGAUUCUCAAAGCGUUUGAGACUGCGAAAGAGAAGGUCCACAGUGCGCUUUCGGAUUCUUUCGACACGCCCACUGCAACCCGUGCGAUUUCAACGCUGGUCACAGCCUGCAACUCUGCCAAGCCAUCAGAUCUGUCUGACAGCGUUGCUUUCGAUGUCGCUCGUUACAUUACUCGCAUUGUCCGCAUCUUUGGUCUCGACGGAUCUGCUGAUCCAUACGACGGCGGUAUCGGCUGGGCAGGCAUCGACAUCCCCUCAGAAGCGAAGGAAUUCGUAUAUGCUGCUGCUCGCGAACGUGACGAAGUGCGAAAGCACGCCGUUGCUGGCGAUCUGUCAGGAAGUGUUCUCGAAUCCAUCAUUGCACAGCACAAAUCUGCACAGCAGCAGGACAUCAGCGCCAUCGCCUAUGCCGAGGUACUCUCCACUUUCCAAGAGAGUCUGCGCGACCUCGCUGAGAAAAAGGCUCCUGCUAAGGACUUCCUUGCUCUUUGCGACGCGCUGCGCGACACACACCUCUGGGACCUUGGCAUCUACCUCGAGGACCGCGAAGACCUGCCAUCGAUGGUGCGUCCUGUUGACGCCGAACUCCGCUUCGCACGCAACGAGAAGGAAACCAUUGCACGUCAGAAGGCCGAGGCUAAGCUUCAGCGCCAGCGUGAGGAAGCUGAGAAGCAGGCCAAGUUGGCAGAGCAAGCAAAGAUCAACCCUCGGGAGAUGUUCAAGACAGCAGAAUACACCGCCUGGGAUGUUGACGGGCUGCCGCUGAAGGAUAAGGAGGGCAAAGAUAUCUCGAAGGGUGCGAGCAAGAAGCUGAAGAAAGAGUGGGAGAAGCAGAAGAAGCUGAACGAUGAAUAUCUGAAGAGCGCUGGGUCGUCCUAG